AUGAGGAUUUUUUCGAGACCUCGAACGGGAAUCAGGCUGGACGGACAACCGAUAGAACUCGUCGAUGAGUUCUGUUACCUGGGCUGUACGCUGAAGAACAACGGUAGCUACGAGAAAGAUGGUCAGCAAAGAUGCGCUAAGGCUACUUCUGCAUUUAACUCCUUAACGAAAUGCCUGUGGUCGAGCCCUAUCACCAGCGAAGUCAAUCUGCGAGUCUACCUAUCCGCAAUUCUUUCCAUCGCCUCGGAGGCUUGGGCCGCACCAUCUACGGUGAUGGAGAGGCUUGAUUGCACGGAACGAAAGCUGCUCGUAUGGCUACUUGGCUACUUUUGGCCUAGGGUACGCCACAAUGAAGAUCUUUACGCCGAAACUGAUGUGGUAUAUCGGCGGAUGACAUGUGGAAGAUAUCAACAUUUUGCACCGGUUUUUGAAAGUGGCUAA